AAAAUGAUCUACUUUUACCAGAAUUACAAUAUACGUCAGUUGAUCAAAGUAAUCAAAUAGAAACUAAAGACGAUAGAUCUGAAGCUACUACUGAUUCUGAUGAUUCUGGUGCUAUUAUACGGCUAAUUAUUUCUGGUACUAGCUUUCUUUCUUGGAUAUCACUUGAAAAAAGUCUUGAAUAUUAUGGAAAGAAAAAUGGAAAAACCGAACAAAAAAUUUACAUUAAUAAACUUAUUGAAGAGCAUAAUCAUAGCCUUACACCAUAUCGUGAGGAAUUUGCACCAUCUUUGCAACGACUGUCACAGAACAUUUUAGAUGAAAUUAAGUUUAUGAUCCAAAAAUGUGAAUAUAAUGCUAGACAGCAAAGAUGGUAUCUUGUCAAUAAGUUUCCUGGUGUUAAUAUUUAUUCUAAGAAUCUUUAUAAUGCAAUCCGACAUUACAAAACUCCUACUGCCUCAAAAAUUAACCAGGAUGCCACUCUGAUGCUUGAAUAUUUGAUUUUUAAGCAGCGUAAAGAUCCGAAUUAG